AUGAACCCGCACAUCUCCGUCCCUCGCCAACAUGCCGGUCCGGCCAAUUUCGGUUCUACCCCCAGUCGCGGGUCCAGCGUCCGCAUGCCGCGCUUCUUCAAGAGGCUCUUCAAGUUUCCCCAGAUGGACUUUGAGAUGGCCAUCUGGGAAAUGACAUCCCUGUUGAUCGCCCCCAAAAAGGUCUUCAAGUCCAUAUACUACCAUAAACAAACCAAAAACACAUGGCAUCGCCCCGAUCCGUCUUUCACAUACCUCCUCUCGUUUUUCCUGCUCCUCACAGCCCUCGCCUGGGGUCUGGCCUACACCCCCUCCUUCGGGGCCAUUGUGCGCCUUUCCCUGCUGUUCAUCUUCGUCCAUUUUAUCGGCUCGUCCCUGUUUAUCUCAGCCAUUGGCUAUUUCGUUAUAGGCCGACUCUUCGGUCCCAACGGCGCCGCCGCGUCUCUGGCCGGUCUGCGCGGUUCCCGGGGCCGCCGACGCGGGGCCGCACAGGGCUUGUUUGUACAGUCGGGCGAGAAGGACCAGCUGGAGUUUGGAUACUGUUUUGAUGUUUCCAACCGCGCCUUCUUCCCUCUCUACCUCCAUCUCUAUGUGGUGCAAUUCCUCCUCCUCCCUCUUCUGACCCGAAGCCCGAGCAAUUUCCUGGCGACGUUCCUCGGCAACACGCUCUACCUUUCCGCCCUGAUCUACUACACCUACAUCACCUUCCUGGGAUACAACGCUCUGCCCUUCCUGCACAACACCGAACUACUGCUCGUCCCCAUCUUGAUCUUUGCUGUCCUCUGGCUGAUUAGUCUGAUCGCUGGUUGGGGUGUUGUCAUGCAAGGCCGAAGCGUCGAAGGCCUGUUCUGGGGCGUGUGA